GCCACUACCAAUUCAUAAUCCGAAACCUAGCCUUCUCUGUCUCAUUGGUUUCGUCCGUUCGGUAAUGAUAGCCUCUGAUUGGUCCAAGAGGCUGCUCCUUCCCGGGCCUGAAAGCUAACGGGGCCAGGACCCCAGAACUAGGCUGACGUGACGUUCGGUGCUGACGCUGCGGCGUUGACGGCGGCGGUGACUGUGGCCGGGGCCGGGGUCUGCAAGGUUGCCAUGGCAGCCCCUGGCGGAGGUCCGGGACUGGGCGCCGGAGCCGGGGCAUGGGAGGCGCGGGCAGAGGGCGGCGCGGGGCCUGAGGGCAGCUUCUCGUUCGGCGGGUUCGCCGCGGUGCUGGGCGGCCUGGGCCCUGCGGCCCCGACCCCGGCGUCCGCGCCGCUGCGGCUCCUGCACGAGCUGUGGCAGUGCGACCCCGGCCCCAGCCCGGACGACGAGCGGAGCGGUAAGCUGCGGCCCAGCCGCUUGCGGAGAGCAGCCAGGCCCCAUCGUCGCCUGGGGCCCACCGGCAAAGAGGUGCAUGCUUUGAAAAGACUUCGGGAAGCUGCCAAUGCCAAUGAUUUAGAAACAGCUUUGCCCUGGGCUCUUCUGGUCACAGACAAGCAGUUGCUGGAAGAUGGGGUCGAUCCAUGCACAGCAGAUGACAAAGGCCGCACAGCUCUACACUUUGCAUCCUGUAACGGCAAUGACCAGAUUGUGCAGCUGCUCCUGGACCACGGGGCUGAUCCAAACCAGAGAGAUGGGCUGGGGAACACUCCUCUGCAUUUGGCUGCCUGUACUAAUCACGUUCCUGUCAUCACCACGCUGCUCCGAGGAGGGGCCCGGGUGGAUGCCCUAGACCGAGCGGGCAGGACCCCCUUGCACCUUGCCAAGUCAAAGUUGAAUAUUCUGCAGGAGGGGCACUCUCAGUGUUUGGAAGCCGUCCGGCUGGAGGUGAAACAGAUAAUUCAGAUGCUCAGAGAGUACUUGGAACGCCUGGGCCAGCACGAGCAGCGGGAUCGCCUGGAUGACCUGUGUACCCGUCUCCAAAUGACGAGCACCAAAGAGCAGGUGGAUGAGGUGACAGACCUCUUGGCAAGUUUCACGUCGCUCAGCCUGCAAAUGCAGAAGCUGGAAAAGAGGUAGCUCCAGAAGGUGGGCCCUCCCCAGAGCUCCUGUCACCGCCUCUGCCCAGCCUCCCUCCUCCCCAUCUCCAGAAGGGAAGAUGCCAGCCUGCCACAGACUUCCUUGUUUCCCCUGGAGGAACAUGGUGUCCGGAGUGGUCCUUCUUCAGAGCCUCUUCAUGGAGCCUUCUUUGGCCUCCAUCACCCAGAACCCCAUCCCCACUCCUUCUGCCCUCCCUGGCAGGAGGAGGCCCCAGCUGAGAGGUUUGCAGGCCUCUUUCUCCCUUUUGUUAUGCCCAUGGCCCUUUUCUGCUGCCGGCUGGGCCUAACCCUCCUCCCACCAUUCCCUGUUCUUCAGUAAAGGUUCCCGUUCAUCUCGGAGGCUUGAGAAGCCAGGCCUGAGCUGGAGCAUAGACAGCUCCUUCUGCAAGGCCUUUGGGGAUGGGGUGGGGGGGUGGACAUAGGAGGUUGUAGUGGUGAAUUCCGCACCUUCACCAGCACUUAGAUCUCAGGAGUUUCGGUAAGUUGGGGGUGGGCCAGAAACAUAAAAUCUCUAUGGGAACUGUGUGGAGGGCACCAUUUUGAACCCUGGAAGCGUUGGCUCUUGGCAGGAGGCGCCUCUCCUCCUUUCGUGGGCAUGGCUGAGGAGAAGAUGCCCCCUUCAGUGUCUGCAGAGUCUCACGGGCCUCACUGGUGCUUACUUCCUUACAAUGGCUUCUCUUUUCUCCCCCCAACCCACCUUCCUUUUUGGACCCAAGUCACCAGAUUAGAAUUCUUCAGCCAUUGGCCGGGGGCUGAUGAGGCGGGCCAGGUUUUUGCUCCUGGUUCGGCUCUAGUCUGCUCCCUUGACCCAUGAGGGAGAAGUGGCAGGGUACGGAGAAGCCUCCUAAGGGGAGAACAACUCCAGAGGAUGGGAUGACAGACUGAGGGGUAAUGGCUGUGGCCAAGGCAUAGGAGGGAAGUGUGUGAGCAAGGUGCCCAAGCCUUGGCCAGCACCCCCUCGGGUCCCGGGGCUCCAGAGCCCUUUUCAUCCCCAUACUCCUGCCUCUAGGCAUGUGGCAGCCCAUUAAAAGGAAGCAGGAGCAUGGAGCUGCCUCAGGAUGGGGGCCCACAAGAGCUAAUGGGCUCUUAGUCCUCUCCUCCCCUAGGGCCACCCCCUCAGCAGGGAAACCAACAAAGCUUCCAUUCCUCCCCUCCUAUCUGUAUUCCCUUCUCUGGCUCAGGCCAGCAGCAUCCCUGCCUUAAUGUGCAUGGCCUGUCCUUGCCUCACACCAGCCCUGGGAGGGAAGCAGAGCAGGGAUCUCUUCCCAUCUUCCAGGCAAUGAAGUAGUGUCAGAGAAGUGACCUGCCCAAGGUCACGCCAUGAGACCAAACCAAGUCUUCCAACCCUUGACUUCAGAGUGCUCUGUGGGACGACCAGAGAGCCCAGGGACCACAGCCAGGAGACUGAGCAGAUGGCUGGCAGAACCGGGGCAUUUGGGAAACGGCUGCCUCCUUCUCAUUAGUCCUCCCUGUGAUCUGGCUGCUGUCCUCUGUCCUCAUGCCCAUCUGGUCCCCUCUGCCCACUAUCCCUUGCACCGGCGGCGAUACCUCAGGAGACCUCCCUCCAGGAUGCUGCCCUCACUCUUGUUCUUCCUGGGAAAUGUUGCGAUCGCUACAAAGAAAUCCUUCAGGUGAAUCCUUCCCAUCAGGCUGGGCCUGCACAGUGUUCCCCAGCUCUUUGGCAGGAUGCUGUAACAAGUGGGGGAUGGAGACCUCUGAAGCCUGAGGUUCGGCUAGGUCUGAUCUUGGAGACAGUUGGGUGCGUGGGCAGAGGUGGCGCACCGCUGGCUGGGACCCCUGCUCCCUGAGGUGGCGUCUCGAGCUGCAGUGGGCAAAGGCCAAACCAGCUGGGGAUGGGGCUAAUAGGGAACAGAGCAGGUGAUCGGGCCAGGGGAAAGCGGGAGACCCAGAUUUCCUCAAAAAAGAACCUGGCAGGCCUGGAAAAGGCCAGCUGUGAGCCUUCACUGUAACAUGGGCAAAUUGGCCCAGAGAAUAAACCCCACUGUGUUAGAGUGGAAUUUCUUAUUUAAAGUUUGUGGGUUUUAAAAGUCAAUGAUCCCUCAUUGCACCCUGAGGUGGCUGCCUGCCUGGCCUACCAACACCCCAGGUUGAAGGGAACCCUUCCUCUCUUCCACCUCAGGGUUGUAGCCUUGCAGAACUGGAGCAAUGGGACUGUCCAAGGUGAAAGGAACCUUGGGGCUUUCCAGAAUAUUGGUCAUUCCCCACACAUACCCCAGUCUUCCUUGGAAGUAGUCAGCAGUCUUUGAGGGAAUGAAUGAGGCAUUUAUUAAGCUCUUUUGACCUGCUAAGCACUUGGGGAUACAAAUCCCAGGCCAGCUCCCCUUCUAAUGGAAGGAACACAGAAGGAAAAUAUCUGCCGCAGGUCAGAUGGACACAUCCCAUGGUUCUUAGAGUGCAGGGGCAAAGCAGAUAAUCAGCCUCAUCUUUAAUGUAAUUUUCAGUAAUGAAAUAUUUUUUGUUGCCUGACUAAGGACUUUAGGGAUAAGAGCUCUCUUUUCUGGGUCUUCUGGAGCUAGGGCUGAAGCCCCUAUAAGAAGGAGCUGUCCCUGGGGACAUGCGCAGGGACAGCUUCCUGGACUGGUGGCAGAGGGCACUGGGCUGGUAGUAUGGCUGUUUCCAAGCCUCUUGGGCUGAUGGUGGUCAGGCUGGUGGGGGUAGUUUAACUUGUAUGGCACAUGCUGCUUCCCAUCUCUCCCCCAAGGGGGUCCAUCUGGUUUGUCAGUGCUUGGUGGGGAGGAUUCCCAUUGCUAAGUGCCCAGACCAUUGAUACACCUGAUGGGGCUACAGAGGGAGAAGCCACUCAACAUCACUGCCCUCGAGGAGCUUCUUGGCCACAAAAUAGACAUUCUGGACAUCAUAGAGUUCAGCCUCUUCAUUUUUUCAGAGAGCACAAGGUCAAGUGACUGGCUGGCUAUCUCUUGACCAUUAGCAUCAGAACAGGACUAACCAGUCUGGCUCCCAGGCCAGUGAGCUUUCUCUUUGGACCACACUGCCUUUCCUGGAGAGAUGAGCCACAUGUACUCAAUAAUGCCGAAUUCCAGAUGUCAGAUGACAGGACUGGUAGUCACUAGUGGCAGGGCCAGCAUGUGCUUCAAUACUCUGCCAUUUAUGGCCCCAAAUGCCAGGCUUGGUGAUUCCUCCUUUUUUUGUGACGAAAACACCCAAUUGCCUGGAUGCUGGGGUCCAGAGCCUCCUUGAUGCCUUUCCUGACCUCCACACAGACUUCCCUUCCUGCUAAAAAUAUUUCUGAACUGCCCCCUUGAUGUAGGGCCUCCUUGAAUUUUAGGUUUCUACUUGUGUAUGUGAUGGAUUCCCCCUUAUUAAAAGACAAAGUGUGUGCGAGAA